GAUGCCUUGUGAAGUCCUGGGCAGCCAUACUGGCUACUUCCAAAGCACAGCCCCUCUUGUUCCGUAUAAUAGAUUGCUUGCUUUUGCCCCAUGCUGUGCUUCAGCAAGAAAAAGAACUACCUGCAGUGAUGUUGGCUGCCAUUCGUGAGCAUCUUCCUUUUUUCCUUCAGGGCUUGUCCUUUAUAUGUUGCCAUUGCCAGUCUCAAACUCAAAGUGCCUAUCUGAACCAAUUACUACGGAACGUUAUUCACCAGUAUUUGGGGCGUUUUCUUCUUUUGUCAUCUGACACUUCUCGAACUGGACAGCAUCCCAUCCUGCUGGCAUUGCACAGUUCUGCCACCACUCCAGAAGCCAUUCAUCUACAUAAGACUUCUGUGCAAGUCAUCAGUGAAAAUUAUCUACAGUUCAGAGGUAAUGCCCCUCCUCCUCGCCUAGGAUCAGUUUUAGCUUUCACUCUUGAAGCAUUGCAAAGGACCAAGAGCAUUGAAAUAUGUGAUGUUGAGACAUUGCUGCCUUCUGUGUUAAAGUGCCUUAUAUUGGUUAAUGAACCACAAGUUAAAAAACUCUGUACGGAGAUACUGCAGUACUUAGUAGAAGGCUGCCAAGCAAGGUCAGGAGGCGAGCUUGCCACCCAGCUGAUUUCUGUGUUUAGGCAGUUUAUUCAAGAUUACACUACUGUGUAUGAUAAUCAGGUUUACAGCAUCUUGGAAACAGUGACAGUCCUGGACCAGUCUCUGGUGAUCUGCCUGAUUCCGGCUAUGACUGAGGCCCUGAAGAAUUCAGAAUACAAACAAGGUCUUGGCAGAAACACCUUGCAAAGAGAAGCCUAUAAAAGACUCUUAUCUCAGCUCACAGAGGCUGGGCGAAUGGAGAUACUGAAACUGGAAAAGGAGUUCUAUUAGUAGUAUGUUGAUUCUUUUUUUUUUUAAUUUUCAUAGUUUCAUAGAAUGCUGGUUCUUUAUGCAGAUGAUAGAUUUCCUGUCUACGGGUGCAUAAUGUUUCUGCGCAUUUUUAAAAUAUAUAAGCAGGUUUUGAUUUAACAUUUUAAUACUUCAAGCAACAUAGAAAAAGUACUCUGAAUGUUUUUUGUUUCACAUGAAAAUCGUGAGCCAUUACAAUCUAUCAAAACUCUUAGAAGGCUAUACCAAGAACAAAAUCUUGUUAUAUUGUUUGGGAUUCUCUUUUUUUAAAAGGAUACUAAAAAAAAAAGCUGGAACUGUAAUCUCCAACAGUAACUUUUUUCCUGCUCCAGUAAAUCAGUACCCUUUUGCUGUCACACCUUUCAGUUUGACAUCUUGAAUGUUUUGCACACCAACCCUUCAUAUGAGCAAGGCCAGGAUGAGGUGAAGAUGCUUGAGCACCUUAUGUUAACAGAAGAUCUUGUGUAUGCAUUGCAUGGAAUUGUGACAGCUGUCCUAGCAUUGUCCUGUUUUAAAAUGUGUAAAUGCAUAUUGCAGAAUUCAACCUCUAACCUGUUCUGUGUUAUCCUUAUACUGGUUUGAGCUGUGUUCCUAUUCUUGAAUAGCAAGAACUGAUUCAGUAAUAAAAACUGCUCACUAGGUCACUGUAUUACUGUUAUUGCUGUUUUUUAAGCUUCCUCCAUCACUGUCUGGUAGUAAUGUAAAUAUCAGAUUUUACAUCAGGACAAAAGAAUGCAGCUGUAGAUACCUUAAUUCAAAUCAGUGCAAUUUGUAUUUGAUAUUAGAUAUUUCAAGCUGUUUAUCACACAUUCUUCCAGUUGUGAGCCAUACCAGUUCCUCCUGUAAUGUCCAAAAUCUAUUUGCUAUAUGGAUUCUCAUUCCCAUUAAAUUAUACAACUGCCAUUACUGGCAAGUAGCCCCUUCAUUUGUAGUAGUAUGCUAUAUUGACUCAUUGGGAAAACUAGUGAAACUAUUGACUUUUCAGAGUUAAUAACCAGAGACUCUUUUUUGAGUCCAUCAAUUACUGUCAUGGAAACUUCCUCAUAAUCUCGUUCAGAGCAUUUUUGUAUGGUUAUGGUAUUCUUAUGUAAAGAUAGCAGAUUAUCUCUUUCCCAACUCUAUUAUUACAUAAGGAAAUACAGUAACUAAAAGUUUCUAUUAGGCUACUUAAUAAUGUGGAGCCAAGAUGUUCCUUUCAUUUAUGAAGGUGACUUACUGAACCCACAUUGUAGCUUCUUGUAAGCUCCUAUACCUGGGAGGAGUUUAAUUCAUCUCAAAAGACCUUCAUUUCUAAAAGGCUUUCUUAAAAAGCCUCUUCAGGUGAGAUGCUUUCAAAAUCUGGGUCUUUACCAUUCACUAGAAACCAGAAACAGAAAUAUGCCUUUUGCAUUAAGUUUUUGAAUGUGAAGCCUUUGAUUUGUAAGAAAAUAGAAGUUGCAUUGUAACAGCUAGUCUAACCAAACAGUCUUUUAUUUGAAAUAUAAUUAAUACUUAGCUGGGAUUUUUAAAGGGUUUUAUGAUUCUCAGUUCAUAAAAAAUUACUCAUGAAGGAUUGCAGUUAAGCAGUCAGUUGAAAGGUUUAUUAACACAUCUUUUUAACGUUGUAUCAGAUGAUCACUGGAAGUGAUUAUUUGCCUGUGGAUGCAGGGAACAGAUAUGCCUGUUGCAGAGGAGCUUUAUAAAUCUUCAUUGGCUGACUAUCUUGAAAAGUAAUGGAGAAAAUCUGAACAAUUGCGUAGUGCACAUGACACGGUAAAAUAUAUAUGGCAAUAAUCAAUGUAGGGGAAUGUAUAAAAUGUUAAAAUUUAAUUGAGCACAUAAAAAGUCCCAAGUGUUUUAUGUUUAUUUUAUGAUUUUGUUUUAAAUAACUGCUUUUAUAACAAAUUCCUUUAUAAAGUUUAGAGCCACAACAGUCAUUCACUUAUUUCUAAGGAGAUGAGUUUAGUUUAGGUAGGAGUGUUUAAUUCUGAUUUAAAUUCUAUUUAUUUAAUGAAGGUUUAAUUACUGGAUUCAAUGUGACCAUUCAAAGGCUUAUUAAAUUGUAAAUUAUAGUCAGUCUUUUUAUCAUAAUGUUUUGUCGUUGUUUGUGUAUGGUAAGGCAUACCAUAGCUGUAAAUCAUGGCCAAGAAGGUCUGAGCACUGGUACAUAGAGGACUUCUUAAACUUAAUGUGCAGGUUAGAAUGGAAGUCCUCUAAAGACUAAAGAAGUGAAGGAAGUGAAGGUUGCAUUUUCUUUACCUUGCUUCCUUUUCAACAAUGAAGUCUUUUCCCAAGAACUAGGUUAUACAGAAAGACUGUCCUUGCUCUUUUUUUGUAUACUUGGGUAGAAUGUGAAAACAUGGAUCUUUGAAACAACUGUAGGAGGCUGAGGCUGGCUUUAGAGGAAGAACUUAAGAUCAAGUUAUUCUAGGUGCUUCUAAAAUGAAUCUUGGACUCAGACAUAUUAUGCAAUAAAAGCAAGUCUGCCCUUAGUCCUAUUCAAUUUAUGCAUAUAUAAGUCCUUUAAAAUGUGCUUAUCAGUAAUGAAAUGUGUACUUUCUAAACUUUGGAGUAGGUUCAAGACUGUAUGUGGUAGGUCUCAGAUUUUUCUGCAAAGGCAAAUACUUGGUAGAAAGCUCCCCAUUUGCACUUUCAACAGUCAGAAUGCAGAUUCAGGUAAAAAGCAAGUUUUAGAAUUUCUGCUGUGAAAGUUUUAAGGAUUCAGUGCAUUAAAACUUUUCAUUUCUCAUUUGUAUUUUAUGCAUUAUCAUUGUAGUGUCUCAUUUGUAUUUUAUGUAUUACUAUUACAGCAUGCAUACAAAUGAUAGAACUUGUCUUUUUCUCUCCUUAUAUUUUGUACGAUUUUUUUUAACGCCAUGUAUUUCAAUGUACUUCUGAUCCCCUGCAAAUUGAAAGAAUCUGGCCACCAAUCUGAUCCACUUUCAUUUUAGCGGUGGAGAAGAAAACAUCCAGUACGCACAUAAAUUGCUGAGUUUCUUAACCAUCAAACGAUUUACUAUGAUAUUGCAAGAAAAGACAUCAUUGUUGAAAAUUCAUACUAAUUGCCAUCAUUUACAAUUAUAUGCAAGUCCAUUUUGUCAAAUUCUGUAUUUUUUUAUUGUUGGAAAGAUGAAGAUGUGUCUUAAAUUACUUGAGAGUUUUAUUUCACAUAAGUGAUGAGGCAUUUUGCCUUAUUACAAAAGCUUCUGAGACCCAGGGGGUGAAAGAUGUACCUUUAUCAUGGAAUGAAACAUUAAAAAAAAAAAAGAUCUAAAUGGUAUUUAUGAAAUUUUUCUUUCCUAGCAAGUUACUCUAGAUACAACAUGCCCAUCUAAAUGGAACAGUUCAGCAAGAAAACAGAUGUGUAUGCUGUACUCAUAUUUUUAUUAAUAAUUUCUUAGCUGAAUAUACUUGGGUGUCUAAAGAAAGAUAGACAUGCCAAAAUUAACUGUGACAGGCAUGAAAAUGGUUAGGAAGCAAACAGCUUCAGGCAUUCUAUGUGCUCAUCAGAUCUCUGUACCAAGGGCAUUUGACAACGUUUGAUAAUGAAAGUCUUACUUUCCUUGUGUGCUUUGCACUGAAUCAUAGGUACAAUUCGACAGAAUGUGAGAUUGCAGAUUUCAGAAAAAAUGUAUUACUUCUUUGUUUUGUUUUGGUAAGCUGCACUAGGAAACUAUCAGCUUUCUCCCACGCCAUUCUUUUUUCAUAGCUAAUUGAUGUAUAUAGUUGGUUUAUUGAAAUUAGUUUAGAUAAAAACUGUCAUUAAUGUUGGAUUUCCUUUGGAAUUCAUAAAAUGGAUAAAGAUAUAUGAGUCGGCCACAUUUAAAGUAAAGGUUAAUGGCAUGUUCUCUGCUACUUUCCCACUAUUUAGAGGAACUAGACAAGG